AACGAAGCUGAAGCUGGAUCGGGUGUCUGGAGAGAAACAGGCCCUGCUGCAAGAGAACAGGAGCGUGGAGGGAGACAGAGAUGACCUCCGACAAAAGCUGAGACAGAUAACAGAGGAAAAUGUCCUAAUUAAAGAGAGUGAGAUGAAUUUGAGGCGCAGGGCGAUAGCAUCGGAGGAGGAAAGCAAAAAGGCAAAUCAGGCUCAGCGGGAGGCCGAGGCCGAGAGGCGUCUGGCUGAGAAGGAGAGGCAGGAGAGAACAGCCGAGUGUCUCAGCUGGAGGGAGAAGCACCAGGACUUAUCCAACAAGUUCAGAGCUCAGGAGGACCUGAAGGCCCUGAGGCAGAACAAAGCAUGUCAAGCCAACAUCAAGAGUUAUUUCCUCUGCAUGACAGAAAGCGACCAGAGGGUUAAAAUUCUCAAAAACCAAGAUGGCAACCCAAGAAACUUCACAGAGGGAGACCCCGUGUUCAUCUCCACUCCUGAGUCCAGUCCUGACGAGCCUGAACGGAGUUCAUCCAGGACCAUGUUGAGGGUCUCUGCCCCACAAAUGGGGAGGGAUCUGGGUCCGAGUCACUUUGAUGAGCUGCACGCCUUCGGAGGAGAGCGACCUGACUCUGCCCCUCUACGCAGAAGCAGAAAGGUGGUCGAAUACUUCUGGAUCCCUACAGACCAGGAAUAGACAGCAAU